AUGAACCAAAAACCAGUGUGGGAGGAUCGAGAAGUGAAAUUCGAUAUUCCCUCGGUCUAUAAAACUCUACGCAGUGGUGAGCGCAUACUGGAUGUCCUAGAAUCCGUGGAGGACACCAAGGGCAACAGUGGCGAUUGCGGGCGCAUACUAGCGACCAACCUUCGAGUAAUAUGGUACUCAGUUACGUCGCAUCGGUUCAGCCUUUCCAUCGGCUACUCCUGCAUACUGACCAUGAACACCAAAACGGUCGUGUCGAAGCUUCGCGGCACAACCCAAGCUCUGCAUAUUUUGAGCGUCGGCUCCAACUCUCGGUUUGAAUUUAUUUUCACCAACCUCAUGGCGGUCAAUACGAAACAUUUUGCCUCCAUCUUCGACAUCUAUCGACUGUACCAAGGGUCCACUAUUUACCGCGAGCUUAAGCUCCGGUCUUCGAUUGUUACGGCCGGCCAACUGCAAGUCCUGCCGCAGGAGCAAAUUUUCAACAGCAUCUCCGGGGUGUGGAAUCUCUCCAGCGACCAGGGCAACCUGGGCAUGCUGAUCGUAAGCAACGUUCGCCUCGUCUGGUUCGCCGAGAUGAACAAUAGCUUCAACAUAUCCCUUCCGUACAUGCAAAUCGGAAACGUGCGCAUCCGCGAGUCCAAGUAUGGGCCAGCUCUGGUCAUCCAAACGCUGGAAACGGGCGGCUCGUACGUGCUCGGUUUUCGUAUCGACCCACCGGAACGACUGGGUGAUGUCUACCGGGAAGUUCUUUCCCUUCACAGUGUCUACACGGAGACUCCCGUUUUCGGAGUGUCCUACGAACGGCCGACCGAUGUCCAUCGUCCAGCGACCGACUCAAUCGACGACAUCGAAGAGUUCGAUUCGACCGCAGGAAGUGAUAUAAAUUCAAAAUUCACUGCUUACCUUGCUGACGCCGGCUCGGGCGGAGAUGGAUCGGGAAUGAAACGGAAGCCAUUCUACUGCAAAGAACUCGGGUUUGCGAUGGAAUCACUAAAAGAUGGCUACACCGUUAAAGAUCUGUGGGAUGUGUUACCUUCCCAAUAG